AGAGCGGCGCUGCAGCGCGAGGGGCGGAGAGGCAGAGAGCCCGGAGAGCACCAGACGCCUAGGUCUCCCGCAUCCUGCAUCCCGCUGCCGCAGGAGAGAGAAAGUGCGCCCCGGCCCUGCUUCCCAGCCUUCAUCCGGGCGCCCCCAGAGCUUUCUCGGCUCCGGAGACCGAGCACCUGUCCUCCGUCUCGGCCUUCGCUGACCUCCCGCCUUCGGAGCACGCACCUCUUCUGCCGCCCAAGAAGUGCCCCAGCCCCACGUCGGCGACCACCAUGACCGAGACCAACAACGAAUGCAGCAUCAAGGUGCUCUGCCGAUUUCGGCCCCUGAACCAGGCCGAGAUUCUGCGGGGAGACAAGUUCAUCCCCAUUUUCCAAGGGGACGACAGCGUCGUUAUUGGGGGGAAGCCGUAUGUCUUCGACCGUGUGUUUCCCCCAAACACGACUCAGGAGCAAGUUUAUCAUGCUUGUGCCAUGCAGAUUGUCAAAGAUGUCCUUGCUGGCUACAAUGGCACCAUAUUUGCUUAUGGACAGACGUCCUCAGGGAAAACACAUACCAUGGAGGGAAAGCUGCACGACCCCCAGCUGAUGGGAAUCAUUCCUCGAAUUGCCCGAGAUAUCUUCAACCACAUCUACUCCAUGGAUGAGAACCUUGAGUUCCACAUCAAGGUUUCUUACUUUGAGAUUUACCUGGACAAAAUUCGUGACCUUCUGGAUGUGACCAAGACAAAUCUGUCUGUGCAUGAGGACAAGAACCGAGUGCCAUUUGUCAAGGGUUGUACUGAACGCUUUGUGUCCAGCCCAGAGGAGAUUUUAGAUGUGAUUGAUGAGGGGAAAUCAAAUCGUCAUGUGGCUGUCACCAACAUGAAUGAACACAGCUCUCGCAGCCACAGCAUCUUCCUUAUCAACAUCAAGCAGGAGAACAUGGAGACUGAGCAGAAGCUCAGUGGGAAGCUGUAUCUGGUGGACCUGGCUGGGAGUGAGAAGGUCAGCAAGACCGGAGCAGAGGGAGCCGUGCUGGAUGAGGCAAAGAAUAUCAACAAGUCACUGUCAGCUCUGGGGAAUGUGAUCUCUGCACUGGCUGAGGGCACUAAAAGCUAUGUUCCGUAUCGUGAUAGCAAAAUGACACGGAUUCUCCAGGACUCUCUGGGAGGCAACUGCCGGACAACUAUGUUCAUCUGCUGCUCACCGUCCAGCUACAAUGACGCAGAGACCAAGUCCACCCUGAUGUUUGGGCAGCGGGCAAAGACCAUUAAGAACACCGCCUCAGUGAAUCUGGAGUUGACUGCUGAGCAGUGGAAGAAGAAAUAUGAGAAGGAGAAGGAGAAGACAAAGGCUCAGAAGGAGACAAUUGCAAAGCUGGAGGCUGAGCUGAGCCGUUGGCGCAGUGGAGAGAACGUGCCUGAGACAGAGCGCCUGGCUGAGGAGGAUGCAGUCCUGGGAGCCGAGCCCUGCGAGGAGAUACCUGUGAACGACAACUCCUCCAUUGUGGUGCGCAUCGCGCCCGAGGAGCGGCAGAAGUACGAGGAGGAGAUCCGCCGCCUCUACAAGCAGCUUGAUGACAAGGAUGAUGAGAUCAACCAGCAGAGCCAGCUCAUAGAGAAGCUCAAGCAGCAAAUGCUGGAUCAGGAAGAGCUGCUGGUGUCCACUCGGGGAGACAAUGAGAAGGUCCAGCGGGAGCUGAGCCACCUGCAGUCAGAGAAUGACGCCGCUAAGGACGAAGUGAAGGAAGUGCUGCAGGCCCUGGAGGAGUUGGCUGUGAACUACGACCAGAAGUCCCAGGAGGUGGAGGAAAAAAGUCAGCAGAACCAGCUACUGGUGGAUGAGCUGUCUCAGAAGGUGGCCACCAUGCUGUCCCUGGAGUCUGAGUUGCAGCGGCUACAGGAGGUCAGUGGACACCAACGAAAACGAAUUGCUGAGGUGCUGAAUGGACUGAUGAAGGACCUGAGUGAGUUCAGUGUCAUCGUGGGCAACGGGGAGAUUAAGCUGCCGGUGGAGAUCAGUGGGGCCAUUGAGGAGGAGUUCACUGUGGCUCGACUCUACAUCAGCAAAAUCAAAUCAGAGGUCAAGUCUGUGGUCAAGCGGUGCCGGCAGCUGGAAAACCUCCAGGUCGAAUGUCAUCGCAAGAUGGAAGUGACUGGGCGGGAGCUCUCAUCCUGCCAGCUCCUCAUUUCCCAGCACGAGGCCAAGAUCCGCUCGCUUACGGAAUACAUGCAGAGCGUAGAGCUAAAGAAGCGGCACCUGGAAGAGUCUUAUGACUCCCUGAGUGAUGAGCUGGCCAAACUCCAGGCCCAGGAAACUGUGCAUGAAGUGGCCUUGAAGGACAAGGAGCCAGACACACAGGAUGCAGCUGAAGUGAAGAAGACCCUGGAGCUGCAAAUGGAGAGUCACCGGGAGGCCCAUCACCGGCAGCUGGCCCGGCUCCGGGACGAGAUCAAUGAGAAGCAAAAGACCAUUGAUGAGCUCAAAGACCUAAAUCAGAAGCUCCAGUUAGAGCUGGAGAAGCUUCAGGCAGACUACGAGAAACUGAAGAACGAAGAACAUGAGAAGAGCACCAAACUCCAGGAGCUGACAUUUCUGUACGAGCGACAUGAGCAGUCCAAGCAGGACCUCAAGGGUCUGGAGGAGACAGUUGCCCGGGAACUCCAGACCCUCCACAACCUUCGCAAGCUGUUCGUUCAAGACGUCACGACUCGAGUCAAGAAAAGUGCAGAAAUGGAGCCCGAGGACAGUGGGGGGAUUCACUCCCAAAAGCAGAAGAUUUCCUUUCUUGAGAACAACCUGGAACAACUUACAAAGGUUCACAAACAGCUGGUACGUGACAAUGCAGAUUUGCGUUGUGAGCUUCCUAAACUGGAAAAACGACUUAGGGCUACGGCUGAGAGAGUUAAGGCCCUGGAGGGUGCACUGAAGGAGGCCAAGGAGGGCGCCAUGAAGGACAAGCGCCGGUACCAGCAAGAGGUAGACCGAAUUAAGGAGGCCGUUCGGUACAAGAGCUCUGGCAAGAGGGGCCAUUCUGCCCAGAUCGCCAAACCAGUCCGACCUGGCCACUACCCAGCAUCCUCACCCACCAACCCCUAUGGCACCCGGAGUCCUGAGUGUAUCAGCUACACCAACAGCCUCUUCCAGAACUACCAGAAUCUGUACCUGCAGGCUGCACCUAGCUCCACCUCAGAUAUGUACUUUGCAAACUCCUGUACCAGCAGCGGGGCCAUGUCUUCUGGAGGCCCCUUAGCUUCCUACCAGAAGGCCAACAUGGACAAUGGAAAUGCCACAGACAUCAACGACAAUAGGAGUGACCUGCCGUGCGGCUAUGAGGCUGAGGACCAGGCCAAACUCUUCCCUCUCCACCAAGAGACGGCAGCCAGCUAAUCUCCCACACAGACUGCUGCGUUUCCGCACUUUCAGUUUCUAAGAGGGACUGAGGCCUCUUCUCUCAGCAUGCUGCAAACCUGUGGUCUCUGAUGCUAACUCCCUCCCCAACCCUUAUUGUUCGACUGUACUAUGUUUGAUGUCUUCUCUUACUCUGUAUCUCUUUGUAUUCUGUAUCUAUAUAUCAAAAGCUGCUGCUA